CAGCUCAGGUCUUUACGAUUUAAACCUAUGCUACUGUUACAGACUUGCUUCACAUCAGCAGUUCGGAAACUUGUAUUCUACCGUUCUUUUUCCAGGCACACAAAAAUGGAAUCAUUAGCAUUAAUUCUGGAGCCGUAUCAAGACUUGGUGGGCAACAUCGCCGCGAUUGUCACCAUCGGUCAAAUGUUCUCGGGAAGCUUCCUAUGCUACGACAUAUAUAAGCAGAGUAACACUGAGGGUGUUGGAAUAGUGCCUUUCACUGGUGGUCUUGUUAUGGCCUUAUUAAAUUUGAAAUACGGCUUCAUCUUACGUGACGACAACAUCAUUCGGGUGAGCUUUGCUGGUACCGCACUCAACAUUAUCUACUUGAUGAUCUAUUACCACUAUUCCAGUGAAAAGCAAAAGGUCUGGGGCUCGCUAGGUCUAAGUGGCGCAGUCGCGGCCGCGCUGCUGGGAUAUGCUCAAUAUGAAGACCCCAACCUGAUUGAGUUCCGGUUCGGUCUCAUUAUCACCGUACUGAUGUUCUAUUUAAUCGGCGAGCCACUCUUUGGCAUUCGAGAAAUAGUAGCCAAGCAAAGCACAGAGGGUAUGCCGUUCCCUAUAAUCUUGUCGGGAACCGUGGUUACGUCCUCGUGGCUACUUUACGGCAUUAUACUUAGGAACCACUUCAUGAUUAUUCAAAAUGUCGUAGCUUUAAUCCUGUGCGCAAUUCAGCUGUCUCUGUUCGUGAUUUACCCCUCCAGGCCUAAAGGCGAGGACAGGAAGCCGAAAACCAAAAAAAUUGACUAAGGCAGUCAAUUGAAUGUGCGUGCCUAUUUUAAACUAAUUAUUUAUAUUUGUGAGAUUUAAAUGGAUUUUAAGGCAAUGUUUUUUCUUCUGUUAAACGAGUUUGGCUCCGCAUGCGUUUUUUACCGCACCCCAUAGACAAGAUAACACUAAUCAAGUGCUGUGUUAAAUUAAUCACGUAUUUAAUUGUUUAAUUUAAUCACUUAUGAAAACAAAUUAAUCAAUCAAUUAUUAUUAUUAAUUUGUGAAUUAAUUUAUUUGUCUUGUGAAUCAAUAUAAUUUCGUUGAGAGCAUUAAGAUAUUUAAUCAAUUUAAUCAGAAGUAAUAAAUUCAUCAAUCAUUUAUUUUUAUUAUUAUUAUUUUUUUAGUUACAAGUUACCUAGCAAACACCUUAUAGUCACAAGCACUAUAAAGCAUAUAAAACGCAAUCGGAGCAAAAACCGUGUGAUAGGAAAAUUAAGGUGCGUUUAGAUUGUCUGAUGGGCGUGAUCAUUACUAUGACAAAUAAUACUAUAUAGUUAGCCUUAUAUAUCAGUCCCACUGCUGGGCAUAGGCCUCUUCUCACAAUGUCGGUACUUGGGCUGCAAUUCUCGCGAGGGUCCACUGCGCAUUGAAAUGAAAUAAUCUUUAUUUCAUAGGUAAGCAAAUUACACUUUAAAAUCGUCAUACCAAUUAAACUCUGCUGCUCAUUCGUAAGGCAGGUUCCCCUGAGAAGAAUGAGCAAGAAACUCUAGCGGUUGGUCUUUGUAAAUAUACAUUUGAAUAUAUUUAUCAAUACAAUAAUUAAUUUAAACAUCUUUGAUCGAGAAUAUGUGAAAGAGCUAAAAAGCGGGUCAGUACCACGGAUUUUUGUUUUGUUACCUGUAUUAUAAAGUUUUUGUUUUACAAUAGUUUUAAACCUCGUAAAUGGCAAAUUUUGCAUAUCAAUCUUAUUAUGGAAGCGUACACAUUGCCCCCUAAAUGAAUUUGAUACUAUGAAGACGACUGUGAAGAACAGCUAGUUUAUUUUUAUUCCUCGUAUUAAUGUUGUGUUUGUCACUAAUUUUCAUUAAAAAAAAAAUAUUUUCCUUAACAUAAAUAACAUUUUCCUAAAUGUACUGUAACGUUUGUGUAAUGUCGGGUUCGCGAGUCUUUCCCUUGCAUUUCUCGCUUGCUUACGUGACUCGAUGCGCAUGCGCAAAGAUAUGUCGCGUGCGCGCAGGUAGGUCUGUUCACGAGUCGCUCGUUUGCGCCGGCCGUUUGCUUUGCGAUGGGUUUCUUUACGUUGCGUGACAUUGAUAUCUAGCAAGCUUGAUAUUUCCAUGCAAGCAACAGGGAACGUUUGCGGAGGACAGCACCACUAGCCAAUCACAGAGCAGCUACCAAAACAAAGCGGAUGACUCGUGAACGCCUUUGCGCGGAAGUCAGAUUUCUACGCUGUGACCCAGCCGACGCUGGCCAGCGAAAAACGCACGAGAAAGAACCUGAACCGGCAUGAGAAUUUUAAUCUCUAUAAACUUCUCUCCCACAUACAUAAUUAAAUUGCUUUUCACCACGUUUUCUAAAAUAUUGAGGUGGAGUAUUCUUAUAAUGUCGAUGGCAUACAUUACAAUGCUUGCCAGAGUUGAUUGAAGACUACGUGUUAGAUAAAGAUGUAUGGAAAGGCGACAUGGCUCUAGAAUCCACACAAAUUUGAUUCAAAGUGUAUUCCAUAGCAUUUAAGUUUAUUUGAAAAGAGCAAU